UAACUGACCGCUGUUGUCACACAAGCCUCUAUUUACCACUUGCCUCAUUUGAGUGGGGGAUUUGAAAUCUAAUGCGCAUGUUCAUAGUGCUCCGCCUUGUUCCACCGGGAUAAUCGUCUUCCUCGCUGAGAAACUUGGCCCGUCCAUGAAUUAUAUCUGAUCUUAUUUGUUUUUUUGUCCUCGGUAUGGACUCUCAAAAAGAGGCCCUACAAAGGAUAAUUACCACGUUAGCGAACAAAAAUGAGGAGCUGCACAAUUUCAUUGAUACGCUUAGUCACUCCUUGGCGGGGGUUCAGGUGAAUUCCUCACAAGUAGUCUCAGACUUGGAAGAGGAGUUUGACACGUUGUUCUCCAUCCUGGAUGAGAUGAAGGAGAGUAUGACCAACACCAUCAAGCAGGAACAGGCCAGGAAGUCACAUGAGCUCCAGAACCAGCUAACGCAAAGCACCAAUGCCUUGGAGAGUGCAGAAGAGCUUCUUGAGUUCGCAAACAACGCUCUGCACAUGAAAGAUGAAGACGAGUUUGCAAAGGCUGCCAAACAGAUCAAAGAUAGGGUCACGAUGGCUCCGGCCUUCCGCCUCACCAUGAAGCCCAAGGCCACGGAUAGCAUGACGCAUCUCAUGGUGGACUUCUCCCAGGAGCGACAGCUGCUCCAGAACCUCAUCUUCCUCCCUGUUCCUCGAGCGCCUGAGAUUGAAGUGCAGGACUGUCUUGUGGUGGACAACACGGUGACCGUAGUCUGGCGGAUGCCGGUGGAGGACAACAAGAUUGACCACUACAUCCUGGAGUACAGGAAGACCAACCACGAGGGCCUCCCGCGUGUCAAGGACGAGCGGUGCUGGGAGGUGGUGGAUAACAUCAAGACCACAGAACACACACUCACAGGCCUGAAGUUUGACUCCAGAUACAUGAACUUCCGGGCCCGAGCGUGCAACAAAGCGGCCGCCGGGGACUACUCGGAUCCGGUCACACUGGAGACCAAGGCGUUCAACUUCAGCUUUGAGUCGGCCUCCUCCCAUCUGAACCUGAAGGUGGAGGAUGGCAGCGUGGAGUGGGACCCUCAGGGGGGCAAGGGCCUGGAGAGCAAAAUCAAGGGCAAGGAGAACAAGGGCAGCGCACACCUUGCCAAUCUGAAGAACAUGUCAAGAAGUGGAACGCCGUCUCCCAAGAGAGCGUCGACUGCGCGGUCGCCGGCAGUAAGAGGAGGCAGGGAUCGCUUUACUGGAGAGUCCUACACAGUGCUGGGUGACACGAGUAUGGACUGUGGUCAGCACUACUGGGAAGUGAAGGCCUUGAAGGACUGCAAGUCCUACAGCAUCGGCGUGGCCUGCAGGAACCUGGGCAAGUUCGACCAGCUGGGCAAAACCAACACGUCCUGGUGCAUCCACAUCAACAACUGGCUGCAGACCUCCUUCGCCGCCAAGCACAACAACAAGGCCAAGAGUCUGGACGUGGCGGUCCCCGAGUGGAUAGGAGUGUACUGUGACCUGGACGGAGGUCAACUCUCCUUCUACAAUGCAGAAAGCAAACAGUUGCUCCACACAUUCAAGACAAAAUUCAGCCAACCUGUAGUACCAGCAUUCAUGGUGUGGUGUGGUGGGCUGUCCCUGUCCACAGGACUUCAGGUCCCUAGUGCAGUGCGAAGUUUCCAGAAGACGGAGAACGGCAUCGGCGGCUCCAACAGUAGUCUCAACAGCAUGGCGCAGUAGCCUACGCUUAUCCAAGAACUCACCUCCUCCCCUUUCCUGCUUCCUGUGCAAGCCACUCCCCAUAUCCUGUGCACCUCCUGAAGAGAGCUGCAUCCAUGGACUUACCCUGAAGAGACCCUGUGAAGCAUUAUGGGAAACGGAGUCAUUUUUGUGGCACUCUAGCAGCUCACCUUGCCUUCACUCUGACUUUACUGGAGAUUCUUCCCUUCUGUUUGAGAGACAUCUCUCUCAUCCUCCAUAUUUUGAGAGACUCUGGCUUUCAUUUGGGGACAUUUGCAUCAGGAAUGCUAGCUGCUUAAUCAGGGAAUAGAUGAGAGUGCACUUUUCUUCCUUUACUUUGUUCUAGGUUGAAUGCUGGGUUUUUUUAGAUUUUAUUUCUGAAGUGAGUGUGUUCAGGCAUGAUAACAGUGUCCUUUACCUGCUGAUUUACCUGUUUUAUUCUACUAAUAUACUUAAAGACACCAGUGUGUGUGUGUGUGUGUGUGUGUGUGUGUUUGUUUGUGUGCGUGUGUGUAUGUGUUUGUGUGUGUGUAUGUGUGAUUAUGAGUGUAUGUAUGAUUAUGAGUGUAUGUAUGUGUAGAGGUAACUGGGAAUAUAGCUGGCUGUAACCAUCUAUGUAAUUCAAGGCAUUUUUCCUUGAAUCUCCAUUGCCAGUUCUCAACUGAGCAGAGUAACCUUGUCUUCAAACAAACAAAUGUUUACGCUAUGUACAGAAUCUGAUGUGGGGAGACUUUUUGCACAGUGUAUAAUAUGUAGUGCUGCUUUUUACAAACCCUCUGUUAUUGCUGAUCCAUUUCUGCCACAGUUCUACCUUCAACCGAGAGAUUGGAAGUUGAACUGGACAUGCACCUGUGAACCUGGACUUCAUCUAGUUUUUGUAUGCACUGUUGUUAGAGAAAUUGUGCUCUUUUGUCAUGGUCGAUCCUGUGUAUACCAUGUAGUCCUGCUCCCUUGAAAAGAGAUAUUAAUGAUUUCUGGAAGUGUUUGUCCUACCAUGAAAUAAAUUAUUUAAUCAAUGUUUUCACA